AUGAUCUCCGACACGUCCCUCUACACGCUCGCCAUCUUCUUGGGCAGCGCCGCUAUGCUCAUGAUCGUCGUCUACCACUUCCUCGAAGUCAACGCGCAAGAUUCCGAGACUCUGUCUGAGAAGCGCAGAGCCGACGCCAUACCCGCUGCAAAGGCCAAGAACUAG